CCCAUCCCAUUUCUGACACCGAUAUAGCUAACGAGGGGCGUGGGAAGCGAACCAAGGCCUCUGUGAAAGGCAUACAACCAACGGCUAUUUGUUUGGGAUUUAUCUGAUUCCUCUGUCUGUAACUGCGUGCAUUCCAAACGGCUGUUGUCUAUGACGUCCGUAAGCAGGUUUGAGAACCUGUCUGAUUUGAAUCCAAAUGAUAACACAUUGAUACUCAAUAUUUUGGCGAAUAUACAAGUGUUAGGUCUACAUAUCAUGUCGUCGUGUAUGUCAACCGAACACUUUAUUUAGUAUAGUAUCAAUAACUUUGUGCUGAUGGAGACAAUAGUAAAUAGUUCAUUUAAUGCGGGAGAGACCAUCCACAGCACUGAAAGGUGUUUCUAUGAAACGAUCGAGGCGCAAACGUCUUGGUUUUGCUCAUAAUGUAACACAGUCCAGGAAAUAGGCUAUACUUAGGAGUUAAAGAAGCAAUUGGAGGCUUUGCUUAUCGUCAUUGCUCGAGAGGAAUCAAGCUCUUAGUGCAUUGAAUGCUUGGAGACCGAUGACUAUCCCUGUGUCACAGUGGUUUCGACUCACUCAAUCAUAUGCACUUCAACAUACAGCGCAUGCUGCUUUCGUCUUUGCUUUCGCCUAUUCUUUGGGAGUGCUUGCAGGAUAUGUUUCGAUCACACACUUGCACACAGGGAUUGUUGUUGUGAGACUGAUUUUGGAAUGCUGCAUCUGAGACUGAGUGAGGAGUUUCAAUGGAAGGUUUGAUUCCGAGACUGCCUGGGUGAGGACCUGCACAGGCUGUACAGAGAGCUCACAGAGAGUGAUGCAACCUGGGAGCUGCUGAUGUGAUGAAAAAUAAAGCCAAAGAAAAGCCAGCCAGUGAACUGAACAGGAGUGGGGACAUGGAGUAACAGUGUCUGACUCUACACAGCCACAGAUAGAGCUCAAUGUGUUGCCAUAUACCAUGGCUGAUUCUGUCUGACACAGUGUAAGGUACCCGGAGAUGUGCGAUUCCAGAUAGCGCUGUGUAAGCCAUUUCACAAAGGGCCCUAUAGCAGGUGCAGAGACAUCGACAGUGUUGGAUUCACUGACUGUCACUGCAUGGAUGAAGACCGAUAGAUGGCAUUGGAUUCACUAAGCAAAGAGUGUCAGAUGAACAUGGCCUAAAUAGCACUGGAUGCAACCAUACAGUUGGCAGUGGAUGAGCACGGACAGAUAGCAUUGGGAUUGGCUGAUACAGACGCAGAACGCUAGAGCUAGAUGAGCUACUGCAGAUAGCAGUGUCGAUCCACUGUUAGCGAGCUAGCGCAGGCAGGGAGUUGGAGUGGGCGGCAUAGCACCAUGAACCCUAGAGAGAGCGGAGGAGGAGUGGAGGACAUGGAGACCCAGGCGGGUGGAUUGGCGUUGGGGGAAGAGGGUGGCAAGGCCAGCCAUGGAGGAGAUGGAGAAGAGGGGGAAGAAGACAAGGCCUCAGCCUACGACUGCAACGUGUGUGGCCGCAGCUUCCCCUUCCAGAGCUCUCUGUCGCAGCACAUGCGGCGCCACACAGGCGCACGCCCCUACAAGUGUCCCUACUGCGACCACCGCGCCUCCCAGAAGGGCAACCUCAAGGUCCACAUCCGCAGCCACAAACUGCGCACACUCACUAGCCACCACCCCGAGGAGGAGGAGGGGCCAGAGGAGGAAGAGGAGGGGUCAGGUGAAGUGGGUGUGUCCGAGGGCCUGGACGGUGGAACCAGUCCGACGAAGAGCAGCUCGGCCUGUAACAGGGUCGUCAACGGAGACGCUAACACAGAAGAGGGCAUAGGGAAGACGGCGGUGAGGAGCGUCAAAAGGGAGAAGUCGAGCUCUGAGCAGCGGCCAUAUUGCUGCCGUCUGUGCGGGUACCAGACCCAGCGUGAGGACCAACUCCUCAGUCACAUCGAGAAGGUCCACAUCACAGCCGACAUGGAGGACGAGACUAACCCAGUGAGUCAGGAGGCAGUGGUAACGGAGGGAGAAGCAGGGACUCAGGUCACUGAUGGUGCCUUCCCCUGUGAGACGUGUGGCCAGGUGUUCACACAGGCCUGGUUCCUUAAGUCCCACAUGAAGAAACACGCAGGCCUCCUUGAGCACUGUUGUCGGGUGUGUGGCCGUCGCUUCAGGGAAGCCUGGUUCCUCAAGAGCCACAUGAAGACCCACAAUGGUUCCAAGGCCUCCGGCCGGGGGAAACCCAAGGCAGACUCUCAAGAGGCCGCGGCCACCAUCAACGACGUGACCCAAGACCCAGAGACCAAUAUGACCUCCACAAGCCUUUACCAGGUUUGCUCCAAGUGUGGCAACCUGUUUCAUGACCGAGAGAGCCUGAGGGCUCACGAGAAGGUCCACAACCAGGCUAAGCAGCCGACACAGGGCCAGAGACCUAGUGACGACGGGGACUCUCCCAGUGCCAAAAGGCGCCUCUUGGACUACCUCAGCCUCCGCCCAGCUGCCAAAGAAAAGCCCCAGGAAGAGAAGAGGCGCUUGGGCCAGAGAAUCCCCGAGCUGGACCCAGUUUGCAGCUACCAGGCCUGGCAGCUAGCUACUCGGGGCAGGGUUCUGGAGCCUGUGGAGUUAUACAGUAUAAAGGCUACGGUAGGUGGAGAAGGGGACGAGGCCCUGGCUGGAGGGACCGUGGUGUACGAGAAGGAGAGCAGCCGCUACAUCCUGGAGGGCCAGCAGAGGGAGAGACGCUCAGGGAGACGCAGCAGUGCCAGCGGGGGAGGGGGUAGUAGCCACCACACCUCCCCGGGGGAGCGCACCCCCGAGAGCCUGAGCGACUCGGAGUACCGUCCCUCCUCCCGCCAGGGCCGACGUCCCUCGUCCUUCCAGCAGAGCCAGGCCAAGUCCACCGAGUGCUUCGAGUGCGGAAAGGUGUUCCGCAGCCGCCACCAAAUGAUUGUGCACCAGCGGGUCCACCAGAGGCGAGACGGGGGCAGGGGUUCCGGGUCCGGAGGGGACAACAGGGCAGGGCAAGGAGUGGACCGCUGGGGAUCCAUCAGUGACCCCGAAUCAGGCUCCCCCAGCAGGCCCAGCACCCCAGGGUACGGGAACUCACCACCAGCCUCCACCCUGGGAGAGGACGCCCCUGAGAUGAGCACCGCCAAUGCAGUCCAACUGGCAGAUGAGAAGCCUUACGUCUGCAGCCUGUGUGACUUUGUCAGCACAGAGUCCUCUGCCUUCCUGUCCCAUCUACGUCUCCAGCACACCUGUGACGGCAGCCCCAUUCCAAUUCCCAACCCCAGCUCCAGCUCUGAGAGAGGCACCCCCAGUAGCUUCCCCAAGCUGAAGAGGGCCCUCCUCGAUGGGCUUGCUCCAUCCUCUGCCCCCCACCCUUACCUCUCUGCCCGGCCGUCAAGAGACAAAUGCACCGCCGAGAGCAGUUCACCCACUGACCCUCACCAUGUUGCUCCUCUGGACCUGUGUGUGAGAGCCGAGGGUCACAGGGGCCCGGCCUCCUCAGCCCUUCAGCAGAAGGGCCUGCCCAGUCAUAAGUGCUCCUACUGCUCCCACUCCACCCACUACCUGGAGGUGCUGUGGAUGCACCAGACUGUCGCCCAUCGUAUCAACAGCAGCACCCUGGCCCCCAAAUGGGCCCUCCUGAAGAAUGGCUUCAAGGGCCCCCGAGAGGGUUCGUCCUCCAGGAGACGCACGGGCCCUCCUCCUGCUCUGGAUGGGAGGGAGUGUCCCCCGUUGCCCCCUGUGGUGCGCACCCCCCGCACACGCCCCCCAUCGUUGAAUGGGGGCCAGAGGAAAGACGGCAGGGACAGGGCAGCCAGUCAACCCAGCACCUCUUCCUCCUCCACACAAGGAUCCUCCUCCUCUGCCUCAGGCUCCCAGAGUGUGCGGCCUCCCAGGGCAGGCAGCAGACAGAGAGGCGAGGCUGUGCCGGAUCAGGGCCAGCGCUCUCGCUCCAACUCCAGGCCCAGGGUGGAGAUCUACCCACGGGGAGGCUCCUCGACCGGCUCCCUGGAGAAGAGCACUGCAGCCGGGGCUCCCCAGCGACACUCAGCCCCUAGCCCCAGUGUUGGAGGAACCACUAGGCUGGUGGAUAGGUACAUGUUGCCUCAAGAAGGCCUUGGAUUCAUGCUGUCCAGCAAACAUGGCCUGGCAGAGUACAGCAGAGCCAGGAGCUCGCCUCAGCCCCAGCCCAAGUCCAGCAGCUCCCAGUCCCACACCCAGUCUCACCCCCAGUCCCAGGGCAGACCCAGGGCAGAGCGCUCAGCCCACAACACCACCACGGCAGGCCAGGGCUACGGAGCCUCCCACUCCCAGACACUAGGGAGCGCCGUCCAGGUAUCCUCCUCCUCUUCCUCCUACUCAUCCUCAGCCCAGCAUGCGGAGGUGAAACAGGAGGAGGCACGGAGGGUGGAGACACCAGAGCUGCCCAUGGACAUCUUGAGCUUCCUGAAGAACUGCAACUCCAAUGACCUGGCGACACUCUACCACCGCUGGGGCGCCGCCAACCCCCUACUGGACCCCACAGGGAUGCUGAGGUCUCUGGUUCGACCAGGGGAAUACGGCUGCCAAGAGUGUGGGAAGAGCUUCAGUCAGCCCAGUCACCUCCGCACACACAUGAGAUCCCACACAGGGGAGAGACCGUUCCGGUGCCGCCUCUGCCCGUACCGAGCCUCUCAGAAAGGGAACCUAAAGACCCAUGUCCAGAGUGUCCACCACGUGCAUUUCGACAACGCCCAGUACCCUGAUUACAGACCACCGGGACUGGGCCCCGAGCAGGAGGAGGAGCAGGCUCGGGGUGGUGGUUCUCACCCACCACCCCGACCUAAUAACAGACCCACCAACGUGACAUCCCCAGGGCCUAAGAUAGAGAUAGAGACUCCAUCCAUAUUCCCAGCCCCUCCCCAAAGACAGCAGAGAGACCUGAGAGAUGUGUCAGAGACACCACCUGACAGAGUGACAUCAGAAUGAACUCAACCCUAUUGCCCUUUUAGAUGAAAUAUUACCAGGACUAUUUGAAAUGUGUUUAAAAAUAAGAAAUAAAAGGAUUUCUUGGAAAGAGAAGAAAAAUCGGACACAACCAAAUGCUGUUUUGUUUCCUCUGUGGACCCAUGGGCAAGGAUGGCAUGGUGGCAUAGCGACGUUCCUAUAGCUUUCCAUUUUCUUAUUUUUCCCCAUUUGAUUUAGAUUGGGAUUAAAUUGUUUUGUGCAUUCCUCAGGACACUGAUCCCUUAAUAACACACGGCAGAAUGGAGCAGCCAAGUUGGUGAUGUUUACACUGACUGAACUGAACUCACUUAGCUCACCCUCCGAUUGCAGCUAACUUGACAAGCUCAAGACUGUGUGUGUGUGUGUGUGUGUGUGUGUGUGUGUGUGUGUGUGUGUGUGUGUGUGUGUGUGUGUGUGUGUGUGUGUGUUCUAUCCUCUCGAGCACCACUAUGAUGACUCCAGUAUGAGUGGCUGUAGUGAAGUGACCACUACACGAUCUGACUCCGAGGCUGUUUGGCCGGUCAUUAAAGAGAGAGAACAAGAGAGAGAGUGAAGGAGAGAGGGCUAAUGACAGUGUGAGAGGAGGUGCCUGCUUUACUGCUCAUUAAAAAGAAUCUGUGCUUUUAAUGGGGGUUAUAAACGAGCGUGCGGUUUUAACAGUCGUUCAAUUAUUGGGAGGAGAAGAAGAGGCCGUUUUCUGAUCCCUCUGAUCCGAGCGUAGUCCUCCCCCCACACCCACACCUCCAACCUCAAAUUAGACCCACUUACUGGAACCUCUUAGCAGGAAUAAAGUGGUCGGACUGUUUGGUUCAAGUUGCCCUUACUCUCUUUUCUACUUGAGUAAGAGUACACUCCUAAAAGCUAGUCCUCACAACAGUAGCUUUUUGGGGGGGGGGGGGGGGGGUUGAGACGUCAGGCGUCUAGAGCUUUCAGGGAGCAUUGUUGGAGACAGUGUUUUGUUUCUGAUGGCUGCGGAGCCGUCGCAGGGUUGGUGUGUGUGUGUGUGUGUGUGUGUGUGUGUGUGUGUGUGUGUGUGUGUGUGUGUGUGUGUGUGUGCGGCUUGUGUGUGUGUGUGCGGCUUGUGUGUGUGUUUUCCCCCUCCUUGAUUACCUCUGCGUAUUAGACUCCCUUUAGACGCUUUGCAUACUACCUCCUUUGCAAUAAAAGCUUGUUUUGGUUUUUGUACAGCCAGGUAUGAAGUGAGGACCAAAGCCAUGCUUGUAUUCUGUAUAUACGAUAUAAGGAGAGGCUUCACUGUAACCAUAGAUGUUUUUCCUCAAAGUUGCAUUCACCCUCAUAAAACGCCUCCUGGACUCAUAGCCAUGCCUAUGACUAUUGGAUUACCUGUUUGUUAGGGCAGACACCAAAAAAAACACAUUUUGCAACAAAAACAAAAAUGAGCAUUUCUGAUUGGACAGAUCCAGAAGGGCCCUCCCUGUUUCAGUCCACCUUCUCCCGUUGGGUGCCUAAUGAACACCACCCAGGUGAGGUGAAGCUCUAAUAAGUUAGUAAUUCUUGUUUUGGUGGGAUGGGAUGUCAACAUGUUCGUUCAGACAAGCAGACUAUUGGUCAGACAGUCUUUUUGAGCAAACGUUGUAUACACGCAAGGCCACGUGCACUGUACAAGACACUGCAAAUGGCAAAGUGUGUGACAGAUAGAAGUGAAUAAUUAUCAGCUGUUUAGAAUUAAAACAAAAAAAAAUUGGGUGGGGAUUUGGGUGGGGAUUCAAAGAUAUGGAAUUAUUGUCAUGGGAUAUAAUACUGUCUACUUUGAGACCUCGGUAGUAGUUUUUACAUGAACACACGAUGAAACCAUUUCUGUGUCAGUUACUUUAUAUGGUUGGUUGAAUAUGCAUACAACAGUGUGCUUGCGUAUACCUACACAUACUGUACGUGUAUAUUAAAGAUGAGGAUAGUCAAAUACUUGAAACGGAUAAUAUAGCCUAUCAAGUAGUGUCCUUAAUAAUUAGUGCCCUUAUUAAAUACUGUUGUACAGAAUGACCCUUUAAGAUGAACUCCUAAAAUACACAUUUGUACUCCUAAGUGUGACUUAGCAGAUAUGAGCAGACCACGCAGGAGUGAGAGAGUGAGCAUUUGUGCGUGUGUGUAUGUAAGUGUGUGUGUCUGUAUUAUAAUCUUACCGAACCCGUUACAGCUUUAGAUACCAAAUGGCAUUUCCGGUGCACUUAGUCUAGGUUACUGCUUUAACCUGUUAUAACUGUCUUCUGUCUUGUUCUAUUAUUAUAGACAUUCAUGAUUCAUUUAAUAUCAUUUGCUAUGUGUUUUUUUUUGGGGCGUUUGUUUAUUUUAUUACACUGCUUAGUUCAGUUUUCGAAUGGAGAAUGAUAGGCGCAUAAAUAUGUUUCAUAAAGAGCGUGUUUUUAGUCUCUCUCUCUUUGCUAAAAAAAGAAAGUAGAACUUCUUCAGUAGAUAGCCAUGGUUACCCUCCCAAAGAACGUGGUGGAAGUCAUUGUUUCUAUUUGUUUGGGGUUUUAACAAUGUCUCCAAGUUGUGUGUGUGUGUGUGUGUGUGUGUUGGCUUUUUAUUUGUAAUGAACUACAUUGUAAUUGUUCCGUAGAUGACAUUAUUUGGAAUGCAUUUGGUUGACAUCUGUAUUUAUUAGUUACAAUGAUCAGAGCAGAAGCAGACAGGAGUCAUUUAAUUAGAUUAUUUUCAGAUGUGUUUUUAUACUUUGUUUUCACUGUCCCCGAUGUGAAAGCUCUACCUCGUCUGAGACCUUCUCGGUUCUGUUAAAGUUUUGUACAUCGUUGCAGAAAAUGUAAAGUCAUCAUGUCCACAUUAAAUACACAAAUAUGGCACCAUUGAA